AAUAUAUGGAUCUUCGAAUGUUUGCUUCUGAUUGGUUAGAGGUUCUUAUAAAUUCUAAAGCUGAGGGAAACUCUGAUCAUCGUGGUAUAAUCUUUGAUCUUCGAGUAUUAUCAUUGGCUGGAUUU